AUGCAUGGAUGUGGAAUACGAUUUGAGGUGAGACUCUUUGAGAUAUCUAUUCAAAAAUUACUGUAACUAAUCACGAAUUUCAGUGGAUUUUGCGAGUUUUAUGCGGUUUGCACCUACUUUUGGUUGCCACAAAUUGUUUCAUUAUUGAGCCCGAAGUUUUUGAACCAUUAUUUGUUAUUUAUUCGAUUGGGGUAGGUUUUUCCAUUUUUUGCUGAUAUUAGAUACAAAAUUCGAACUUUUCAGAUUAUUUGCUUUUUCACUUUAUUGAUUUUUUCAUUUGUUUCCUAUCGACCCUGGUUUUUUGUAUUAACGUUGGCAUUCCAGGUGAGAUUAGAAUACAUAAGUAAGUAGUGCUAGAAUUUGAAAAAAAAACAAACUUUCAGGUGCUUUAUAUUUUCUUGGCUGGAUAUUUGGCAUCUUUGGCGUUGAUGGGAUAUUUUAGUGAGUUGUACGCAACAGUGCGUCGCGGUGUUUGCGGACUUGCUGGGGGGGGGCUUUAAAAAAAAUUCAAAAGAAAAACUAAUGGGCACAGGGGUUUUUUCACUACCGAGUCAAUGUAAAAUUGUAAUCGAGCAAUUUGGCUCCGCCCAUCUUUUUCCGCACAGACAUGUGGGCGGAGCUUAGAUUUUCAGAUUUUCAAAAAGAAAAUUGAAAACCCUUUGGCUCAAAAGACACACAAAUAAAAAGAAAAAAGUCGGGCUAUAUGUGUGCUUGCAGCCACCGACAUCUCGCGAGGCCGGCCUCACGCUAUCGCUUUUUUUGUCGGCCACGUAGCGCGCUGUUUGCGGAGGUUUUUUGUCGUCAGAUAAAAUGUUUGGUACGUGAUUAAUUUUCGGUAGUAAUAAAACCCCUGUGAUGGGUGCUUCAGGUCGAAAAAAAAACUAAAAAAACGUUUUUCUACAAAAAAAUUCGAUUCAGCAAAUGUCAAAAAACUCUAUUUUUUUCAAAAAAUGAAAGAUAUCUCGCAGCGAAAAUGUUUCAAUGAAAAAAAAAUGUCAAAAAAUGUCGAAAAAUAGGAAAAAAAAAAUAGUUUUUUGACUUUUGCUGAAUCGAAAUUUUUUGUAAAAAAAACGUUUUUUUAAAUUUUUUUUUUCGACCUGAAUCACCCCAUAAAACUUUUUAAUUUGCAUAAUUAAUUAAUGAUUAAUUUUCCUUUUCAGCUAUAAAAUUGGCUCUCCUCCGACUGAUUUUCUUUGUCAAUACUCUUGUUAUAAUUUGUGAUGUGAUUGCGAUUUUUCUUGUGAUUUCAAUGCGAUCGGAAUAUUUUUCACAUCGAAAAUCUCUUGCGAGAGAUGUCGAAAAGUACUAA